AUGUCUUCUGGCGCAAGCACUACGCUCGCGCACAGGAGCGUGGCCACGAUAAGAUCAGGGACGUCACAAGCGCCGGCCAGUACAUCAACGCCUCACACCCCGCCAAGGACCGUCACAUCCUCAUUUGGGUCGCCAUCAACGAUCCGUGCAGAAGACGAUUUUGUACUUCUCGAGAUCGGCUCGCGUUAUAUUCGAGCUGGCUUUGCAGGCGACUCCUUGCCUAAAGCCUGCCUGUCAUGUGGACCAGGACAGCAACGGCGAGUUGGUGAUUUUCGAGCCUGGCAGGAACCGGCUUCGGGUCCUUCGAGGAAAUGGGCCGCCGAUCACGAAAUAUGGCGUUAUGACGUGCGCGAUGUCGACUUGGGCUUGUUUCGAGACAAGCUUGACCGACUGUUGCGAGAAGCAUUUACAAGGUUUCUGCUCAUUGACUCUAGGCCGAGACGACUUGGUCUUGUCCUGGAUUCGGCUGUUCCACUUCCUCUUCUAUCUUCUGUAUUGGACACCUUGUUCACCAACUUCCAAACCCCAAUCAUCUCUCUCAUGUCGACUCCCACAAUGGUAACUGUGGGAGCCGGCGUACGGUCAGCAUUGAUCGUGGACAUGGGCUGGAACGAAACUGCCGUGACCAGUGUUUACGAAUACAGGGAAGUGAAAAGCUCGAGGACUGUCAGGGGUGGCAGGAGUCUUAAUGAUGCGCUAUACAAACUGCUUCAUGCCUUGAUCCCUUCUGCAGGAGACGACGAAUCAGAAGACAGAGCCGUGGCUUUUGAAGAGUGCGAGGAAAUACUGUGUCGACUCAUGUGGUGUCGACCCUCGGCCUUCAAGUCAUCUCAGAGACAGUCUACUCAGUUGGACACGGUGGAGGAGCAGGACGAAAAUGAAGGAGAGUCAAAUCAGCCGAGCGGCAUAGCCGAAGUGCCACUUCGAUCAACAAACCCUCCCUCAACUAUCCACAUACCCUUCAAUAAGCUUGCCGAUGUCUGCGAUGAUUCAUUUUUCGACCCUUCAGCAGCUCGGACCACCUUUGAUGACCACGAACUGCCCCUCCACCUGCUUGUAUAUCAGCACCUGCUUCAGCUGCCUGUUGACGUCAGGGCAGUCUGCAUGUCUCGAAUCAUUUUCACCGGGGGCUGUUCGAAUAUUCUAGGUGUAAAGGAGAGAAUUUUGGACGAGAUUACGAGCAUUGUUGAACGAAGGGGUUGGGAGCCUGUGUUUGGCCAAAGCGUCGAGGCCUUGCGAAACGGCCGCAGAGCCCAACGCAAGGCUAGCCUCCAAAGGUCAAGCACCUCCUCUGUUGGGACGUCAGAGUCCGGCGGUGACGAUUCUGAUGGGUUGCGGUCGGAAUCGGGAACGACAGAUUCCCAAGAAGACCAAGUCGAGGCCAAGAUUACACGCAACAGGCCGAUACGGCCCCAGGUCCAGGGCCGGCUGCGAGCUAUUCACUCGCUGGGAGCCUGGGCGGGUGCCAGCUUGAUGUGUCAGUUGAAAAUUCCAGCCUUGGCCACCAUAGAUAGGGAGCUGUGGUUGCAGCAAGGCGCAAACGGAGCAUCUCGUCCGUGUGAUGUUGAUUUCAAGAACCAGCAGCGGCAAAGUAUGGGCACCAUCAGAGGAACUGGAGGCCAUCACACAAACUGGACCCUCGGCGUUUGGGGUGCCUUGUAG